AUGGCAGAUCUGGACAGCGAUUCCAGGCAGCUUCUCUUCCCCGAGGCGGACCAUGAAGUCCAUCCUGGGCCCAUGAAUAUCCAAUUUGAGUCGUCCGAUCUAAGAUCCAAUAGGCCUUUCCACGUGGAGCCCACCAACAUCGUCGGCGCGAGCCACGUGGCGCAGAGGGUCAGCGACCGCGCAGCAGCCAUGAGCAAGCGGAUCCACUACUACAGCCGGCUGGCGGCGCCCGCAGACCAGGCGCUGGUUGCCCCGGACCACGUGGUGCCGGCGCCCGAGGAGCGCUACGUGUACAGCCCGCUGGGCUCCGCGAGCAAACUGCAGAGCUGCCCCGAGGGCUCCGGGAGGAACAGCAGCCUCGUGACCAUCUUCAUGAUCUGGAACACCAUGAUGGGGACCUCCAUUCUCAGUAUUCCUUGGGGCAUCAAGCAGGCGGGGUUCACGACCGGCGUGUGCGUCAUCCUGCUGAUGGGCCUGCUGACCCUUUACUGCUGCUACCGGGUGGUGAGGUCACGAGCCACGAUACCGUCGGUGGACACGGCGGCCUGGGAGUUCCCGGAUGUGUGCAGGCACUACUUUGGCGCCUUCGGCCAGUGGUCCAGCCUCCUGUUCUCCCUGGUGUCGCUCGUCGGAGCCAUGGUCGUGUACUGGGUGCUCAUGUCCAACUUCCUGUUCAACACCGGGAAGUUCAUGUUCAAUUUCAUUCAUCACAUUAAUGACACAGAUGCUGUGCUGAGGACCAACGACAGCAACCCUGUGAUCUGUCCGAGCGCGGGCAGCGGCCGUCCCGACAACGGCUCCGCCGUCCUCUCCGCCGACGCCACGGGCCUGCCGCCGUUCGAGGCGUGGUGGGACAAGUCACAGACGGUGCCCUUCUACCUCGUGGGGCUGCUCCUGCCGCUGCUCAGCUUCCGGUCGCCGUCCUUCUUCGCCAGGUUCAACGUGCUAGGCACGGUGUCCGUCGUCUACCUGACCUUCCUCGUCACCUUGAAGGCCGCUCGCUCGGGAUUCCACCUGGAGUUCCACUGGUUCGAGCCCACGGAGUUCUUUGUGCCAGAGAUUAGAGCUCAGUUCCCGCAGCUGACGGGCGUGCUGACGCUGGCUUUCUUUAUCCACAACUGUGUUAUCACACUCCUCAAGAGCAACAAGAACCAGGAGAACAACGUGCGGGACCUCUCCAUUGCCUACCUGCUGGUGACGCUCACCUACCUGUACAUCGGAGUGCUGGUCUUCGCCGCCUUCCCCUCGCCCCCGCUGUCCAAGGACUGCAUCGAGCAGAACUUCUUAGACAACUUCCCCAGCAGCGACGUGCUGUCCUUCGUGGCGCGCAUAUUCCUGCUGUUCCAGAUGGUGACCGUGUACCCGCUCCUGGGCUACCUGGCCCGGGUCCAGCUGCUGGGCCACGUGUUCGGGGACCCGUACCCCAGCGUCUUCCACGUGCUGGUCCUGAACCUGAUCAUUGUGGGCGCCGGCGUGAGCAUGGCCUGUCUGUACCCCAACAUCGGCGGCAUCAUCAGGUACUCGGGAGCGGCCUGCGGCCUGGCCUUCGUGUUCGUCUACCCGUCCCUCAUCCACAUCCUCUCCCUCCGCCACGAGGACCGCCUGACGUGGCCCACGCUGGCCUUCCACGUCCUCCUCAUCGUCCUGGGCCUGGCCAACCUGCUGGCCCAGUUCUUCAUGUGA